AUGGCGAAGGGCAAGUCGUCGAACCCGAUGGAUGCUGCCCGCAAGGCGGCGCGGAAGCGCGAGCUGAAGCGCAACAAGGAGGAGCGCGCAAAGGUGCGCGAGGUUGCGACGGUCAAGAAGGACACGCGGUCGCUCGAGGCCGACAUCCGGCGGCUGGAGAGCAAGGACGGCGGAGCGCUAUCGCAGGUCGAGAGAGAGGAGCUGGGACAAUUAAAGGCGGAGGUGAGGAGGAUCAGGGAAGCCAAAGAGGCGUACGUCAAGGAGCACCCAGAGCAUCGCAAAUUUGUUUUUGCGAGAGAAAUGGAGGAAGAAGAGGAGAGUAAGAGAAAGCAAAAGGAAGGAAAGGAGGCGGAGGAGAGAAAUAGAGAUGCGAAGAGGCCGUGGGAGGGAAGAGAUCCGCGGUGGAGUCAGGAUUAUGAUCCCGUCUUCAACCCUCUGGGCGCGCCACCGCCGGGAAUGCCAUACCGAGAAAAGACAAAGGAGCAAUUCGAAGCUGAGUACGGCGUCGAGGACGAGUCUGCAGAAGAGGACGACAGCGAUUCAGACGACGACGAUGAUGACGACGGAGAUGACAUCGUUAUGCCCGAUGGGCCACCGCCCCUGCCACAAGAGGAGGACGAGGGAGACAGCGACGCUGACAGCGAUGGCAUCGUGAUGCCCGAGGGCCCUCCGCCCGGUGCUCCUCCAAGCGGCCCCAAAGCUAUGACGGCGCAGCCCCCACUGCCUCCCGGUCCUCCCCCUCCUCCGCAGGGUCCGGCACUGGCCUAUGGCCGACCUUUCAGGCCUACCUAUCAGCCUCAUCAUCAUCCCAGACCUCCUCCUCCUCCGGGAUUUGGCAACAAUGUGCCCUAUGGGGCGCCUCAAGGCAUGCCUUAUAUUGGUGGACCACCUCCUCCCGGCUUUGGCGGCCUACCUCCCCGCCCUCCUCCUCGUCCUUACGCCGCCUCAGCUCGACCUCCCGUUGCUCCUCCCGGUCCGCCACCUCAGAGACCACCGGCAACAAUCAGCGUCGCUCCCAAGCUCCGAGAUCUGAAAAAAGAAGCGACCGCAUUUGUUCCGCCUGCAUUGCGUAGGAAGCAGGCAGCCGAGCGGGCGAGGGCUAAAGCCGGGGGGCUCUCCCGGAUCGAUGCGGCGCCAUCGAGUGGCGCUGAUGAUGAUGGCACAGGAGAGGGCGAUAGCUCGAGCUCAACUCCAGCAAAGGUCGGGCUUAUGGAUGCGCUCAGGCCUCACCUGUCUGCCGGUGCUGCUGGUGGAGGGAGAAAGGAAGAGAGUGGUGGUCCAGUUGACAAGAGUCAAGAUGACUACCAGAAGUUCCUCGGCGACAUCAACGACCUCCUGUAG